AUGAAACAACCCUUUUACUUUCCGGACCACAUUUUUCCCGAGGUCGAGCAAUCUUUUCCGGGAUUGCCACCCUCUCCUCUUGAAAAAAUUAAAAAAAUUGAGAAUGGUUAUCAUACUCUUGUUCGUCAAGUAAGUGGCGGACCUGAUAUUGAAGCUGAACUAUCUUCAAGCGCAUCAUCAGCAUCCUCAGUUUCAAACUUAACCCGUCGUCUUUCUCAAAACAUUCGAGCUGCAAAUGAAGAUGGAACUACAAAUCCUUAUCAAAAAAAGAUUGAUGUUGACCGCAUGUUUAAAUGGGCCCGAGAAGCCGUUGAUUUUGCCGAAAAUCAGCCUGGUCUUCUCCCUGAGAUUAUCAACGCUGCUUGUGAUAUCAUAGUUUUGGUGUCUGAUUCAGAGCCAGGGCUGACGAAGUUUAAGGGAGCAGCUCAGUAUAUUCUUGGUGUUUGGAAUCGUUUUGGUCUCUUCAAUCGUCCAAUAAAUACAAAAGUGGCCCUUGAGUUCUUCUACUCUUCGGCAAAGUCUGGAUUCCCUAGGGCACUUUACAGAAUCGGUACAGAGUACGAGUCUGCUGGUGAAACUGCGAAAGCAUUGCAGUAUUUUACUCAAGGUGUUAAAAAGGGUGACAGUGCCAGUCUUUAUCGAAUGUCAAUGUGCUAUCUCAGAGGUCAUUUAGGCAUUGAUAUUGAUGUCGAAAAAGGACGCUCGCUUCUUCACCAAGCAUCUAAUACAUCUGACCCAGACAGCGCACAAUCUUCCUAUGUGUUUGGUUUGGUUCAGCUUAAUGAACUUCCUAAUCUAGCACCAUCUGACCCAACAAUUCCUUACGCUGCGGCUAUACAAGCGAUUGAAAGAUCAGCUUGGAUCGGGUUUUCGCCUGCACUUUUGCGUAUGGGGAUGGCCUGGGAAGGUGGUGAAAAAGGCUAUGACUCAGCCAUUGCGUUAAGAUAUUUUCAUAUUGCCAGUCGCCAAGAGCAGUACCAGAGGUACAAGGGUAACAUGAGUGCUGGACUAGGAGGAAGUGCCGAGGCUGAAAUUUCUAAGUGGAUGCUUUGCGGAUCUGUAGAUAGAUUUCCUCCAAACGAAGAAAUGGCAUUUUACUUUGCCAAACUUGCCAGUGAACAAGAAAAUGGACUUGCUGAAUUUGCUGUUGGGUAUUUUUAUGAAGUUGGUAUUUGGGUUGAACAAGACAUUAAAGCUGCACUUAUUUGGUAUGGUAUUGCUGCUUCUCACGGAAAUACAGACGCUGCUGAUAGAUUAAAGGCAUUGAACCUUAAUAGAUCGAAUACCAUCACAAAGCAACAGCAUCAUCGUACUUUGACAAUAAAGGGUCGAGGGUCGAUUAAAUCUUUUAAAAAGAAACUUGAUUUACAACAAAAAUCUCAGCAAUAUCUCCAGCAGCCGCAACAGCAACAGCAACAGCAACAACAACAAGAUCACUAUCAAAUACGGCCUGCUAAUUUCCAACAAUAUCCUGACUUGUCAAAUAAUGAUGGGCGUGAAAGUCCAUCCAAAAGCCUCAGACUUGGAAAUUUGUUUUCGAAAAAUAAUGGCGAUAUUAACACUCCUAAAAUUGAAAAUUUGACACUUAGCAACAGUACAUCUCAGUACUCAUACAUUAAUAAUCCUCAAAAUGAAAGUCUUCCAAUGCCACAUGCUACUCAUGAAGCAAUUGCAAAUCCCCGUCCUCGCCGUGCUCGUUAUUCAUUUCCUCUUACACCAUCAAUGACCCAAGAAGAUCAAUUUAAGACUUCAACUUCUUCACUAAAUUCGGCAUCUUCUGGGCGUUCAUCUCCGUAUGCUAAUGGUCAUGCAGAUAUUAAUAGCACUGCUAUUCCUAAUCUUUAUCCAGAGAUUGAAGGUCCCAGGAGAAGAUCUUCUCCCAUUUCCCGAGGAUAUAUGACAACAUCUACUUCUGAUUCGACAUUUAGGCAAAGUCAAACAUCUCGCAUUCCUCGCAAAAUUCCGUCGCCCUCAAAUGCCGGAAAAGACCAAGUUUCGAGCAGUUUAGGGGUUAAUCCUUCAAACUUCACUGCCAGCUCUGGAACGUUUCAACAACUUUCUAAGAAAAAUGAAGAAUUAUCAGAUAGAGAUAUUUUUGACUUUGAUAAUAUUACAGACAUUAAAAAAGAAAACAAUUUACCCAAAAAAGAGGUCGAAACGGAAAAUCAAAAUGAAAUCAAAAAAGAAAGUAAUAAGAAAAAUGAUUUUACCUCUUCAAAUUCUCCUAAAAAGGCUUUGAUGAGUAACGUUCUUGGUUUUAUUUGGGGUGGAAGCAAUUCUAAUAAAAAUGAAACGGAAUCAAAGAAAGAAGCUACAGAGGGAAAAUCUUCGAAUAUAAAAACAUUUUCUGAUAUCCAAAGUCAAGACGAUAAUUUACAUCUUAAAACUCAAAACGAGCAAUUGCCGCACCCCCCACCUCACAGCUCAGCUUCUUCUACCUUUUCAAAGGAUAGUGAUGGCGGAGACAGUUUUAAUGAAAGUGUCUCCAGUAGAUUACCUCAAAAGGUCAACACAACGCCUAUGAUGAGUGGAUCGAAUGUCGGUCACUACAGAACACCUAGCCAGUACAAAAAUACGCCUAGUGAAGUUCCAGGAGACCCUCUUCCCCAUAGUAUGUCAACUUCGACUAUAUCGAGCUUUUCAUCGGCAACUACAUUUACACCUAUUUCUACAACUAAUUCCAGAACAAGUGGAAUUCCUAGCUUGCGUUCAAAUACACCUUCACCAUCUCGUCAAAUACAAGGCAAUCCUUAUUUCACGUCAAAUCGCAUUGGUGGCGAUAUUUCCAGCAUAACAAGACCCCCGAUAACAAACUCUUAUGCUAAUAGUGAAAAUGAUGGUAGAACAACCACUGUGGUAAGCAGUUUUACCGAGUCACAAAGUAAUUCUAGUUCUAUUAAUCAACCAACACGAUCCAUUUCCCCUGGAAAAAGAACAAUGCAUCCUAAAAAUCCUAACGUCAUAGUUGUUCAUGCUCUACCUAGCACAGGACGUGGGCCUCAAACAUUUGCAGAAAUGCAGGGAAUUCCUGUUGCUAAGCCUAAAGAGGAUUGUAUAGUUAUGUAA